GUCCCAGCAGCUCGCAGAGACAGCUCAUCCCAUUAGGGCUCCCCUUUUAUCCCGAGAAGCACACAGCCAGGCACAGGCCAAUCUGCCUCCCGCUGGCAGCCGCGAAUUUGGUUGUUGAGCAGGAGAAAAGAAGGUGGAUGUGGCAGCCAUGGUGCGGCUCUUUGGCUACGUGGAUGUCACUGACACUGGCUUCAUUGUGGCUGUCCUCUCAAUAGCCUUCAACCCUUUCUUCUGGAAUGUGGUAGCCAGAUGGGAGCACAAAACACGAGCACUCAGCCAAACCUUCGGCUCUCCCCGUGCUGCCUGUUACUGCCUGGGUGCUGUGAUCCUGGUGCUGAACUGUGUGCGCAGCCACUGCUUCACAGAAGCCAUGAGGAACCAGCCAAAGCUGGAGGGCUGGGACUGCCACUGGACCUACUACUCAGGCUUGGCCAUCUCGGCUGUAGGGACCUUGUUUGUCAUCUCCAGCUUCUUGGCACUGGGAUUCACUGGGACGUUCCUAGGUGAUUACUUUGGCAUCCUGAUGGAGGAAAAAGUGACCAGCUUCCCCUUCAGCAUCCUGGAUAACCCCAUGUACUGGGGCAGCACAGCCAUCUACCUGGGCUGGUCCCUCAUGCACGCCAGCCCAGCUGGCCUUUUGCUGACAGCUGUAGUGGCAAUUUCCUACACAAUUGCUGUGCUGUACGAGGGGCCUUUCACAGAGGAAAUCUAUCGGAGGAAGCAGAAGGGAGUGAAGAGCAAGUAGCCCCAGGGCACUCUCUGGGGUACCUCGUGCCUCUCGGUCCCCACACUGUCUGAUUUGCCCAUUUUCCUACUGAGAUGUAUCCUACUAAUUAACCCAGCAACCCUUAAUGAGCCAGCUGAGCUCCCUGCAGCACUGGAAGCGACCAGAGGAACAGCCUGAGCAUGGUGGCAGCUCCUGAUGCUCUCCCAGGAGUUCCACAGUGUGGGACCUCCCCACCUCUUCUCCCACCCUGAUUACUGGAGAUCUGCAGGCAAGAAGGAAUUCCCUUUGGACUGGAGGGAAAGCAGAUUAAUGAUGGAAACACCAGGGGCCUCUCCUAAGUGAGCUCUGAGCAAAUGGAAGCCCCAGGUCCAGCUGGUCCUGAAGAUCAUCUGAAGGUGCAGCCUGAGAGCCACGAGAUGCAGACAAAGCUCAGGAGCCCCUGAGGAUUCAGACACAGGUGGGGAAGGAACAGGGGAAACUGCUGUGAGCUCAACAACAGCAAAACCUGCUGCAAACCCAAAAAAAAAACCCUUCUUUUUUGGGGAAAGGAACCUCCCCAUCCAGGGCUGCAGUUUCCCACCCGUGCAGAGCCCUGCAGCAUCUCCACACUAUUACAAAGGCUCUGAGAGAAGUGACUGAAAAGCACAGGAAUGUGAAUGUAUGACCUAAAGCACAGCCCAGGGGCAUGCAGGGAUGCCAGCUGUCCUGGGGGAAAGCCCCAGCAUGGAGAGGACCCAGGGGAAGAGUCAAUCCCUGUCUACCCUUCACAGAUAUCCCACCCAGGCCAUGGUGAUGCCCCAGCCCCUCCUUUUCCCUGGGUCCACAGGAGGGUCCUGCUGCCUUUCCCACCACCCAGUGCCUUCCAGCUGUUGUCCACGGUCUUGCAGGGGCAGUGGAGGGAGGGAGGGAAGAGAGGGCAAGGUUUCUUUCUGCCUUCCACACCGUGCAGCAGCCAGGUAUGGAUGUGCCCCUCCACCCCUGCCACCAGCCAGUCCCAAAACUGUCCAGUGCUGAAUCCUGCCUUGAACAGAAAGAUUCCAGAGGUGAUGCUCCAGCCCCAGGCUCUGUUUCCACAGAUCCCCAGAACAGUUUGAGAAAUAACCUGUAAAUGACCAAAGGAGCAGGUGCUGGAGAAGGGAGCUGUGCUGCUGCCGGCUCCUGUGCGGGCACUGGAAUGUGGCACCACAUCUCAGCACCACUGUCCCCUCCUCAGAGGGUCCUUCCUGUUCUCAGUGUCACCUCCAUGAAACGGUUCCAUUUCCUUUUGCUUUUCCACGUUGUAAUUAACUCACCCUGCAGGCAUUGCUCAGCAGAAUUAAAAGUGUUGGUCUCUUUUCA